AAUUACGUCGUCACCUUCAAAGCUCCCUCUGCGACGAACGCCGAAGCAGAAACUAAGCGAAGAUAAUUGGUUGUUUUCUGCUUCUUCUUUUUUGGCGUAAUUCAGUAAUCUUUCUUCGCAAUGAUCCGAUUCAUAUUGUUGCAGAACAGGCAGGGGAAGACUCGUCUAGCAAAGUACUAUGUUCCUCUCGAGGAUUCCGAGAAGCACAAGGUGGAAUACGAGGUUCAUAGGUUGGUGGUGAAUAGAGAUCCCAAGUUCACUAACUUCGUUGAGUUCCGAACACACAAGGUAAUCUACAGGAGAUAUGCUGGGUUGUUUUUCUCGUUGUGUGUCGACAUAACGGAUAAUGAGUUGGCAUAUUUGGAGUGCAUCCAUUUAUUUGUGGAGAUAUUAGACCAUUUCUUCAGCAAUGUUUGUGAGCUGGACUUGGUUUUUAAUUUUCACAAGGUUUAUCUGAUACUUGACGAAUUUAUUCUUGCUGGAGAGCUUCAAGAAACAAGCAAGAAGGCUAUCAUAGAGAGAAUGGGGGAGCUGGAGAAGCUAGAAUGAAGAUGAUUAUAUAAUUAAAUGCCAAUGCCAUCUGAGUAAAAUUUUCAUGCCACUUAUUGCCUAGCUGUACUGUCAUAUUGUGUUUGUCUGUUUUGCGCAGCCAAUUCUUUUCUUGUCAGAAAUCAAAAUACUCAAUACCCGAAGCACUCUUUAAACUCUUUUCAGUUUGUGAAACGUUCAAUGGAGGUCAUGGGCAGAAUUUGCCGUUUAGGUAGAGAAUAUACAUGAAACUUGUUUGUGAUUAUUUUGUAAUGCAAUUAUAUUUUGUUUGAGGAAUAUUGGUUGUCGAUGUUUUCAUCGUUCUUAUGGUACUUCAAAUAUAUGUUUAUUUCAAUU